AUGAAGAGCUACAACCAAUUUAGUUUGAACGCCGUUGCCCCGCCCGCCAUUGCCUACGAGAACGCAGCCGCAGCAGCAGCCCUAAGUUCAAGCAAUUCGCCCCUCGAUCACAAUCAGCAGCAGCAGCGUCAGGACAUGCCGCACUUUGGACUGGGCAGCGGUCCUCAGCCGCCGCCGACGCAGCAGCAGCAAGUGCACCAUCAGCAGCAGCAACAACAACAACAGCAACAACAAAUGCAACUGUCCAUGUUGCCGGGUCCGUACCGGCCGCACAUCGAGGAAAAAAAGCUGACGCGCGAUGCCAUGGAGAAGUAUAUGAGGGAGCGUAACGAUAUGGUCAUCGUGAUACUCCAUGCCAAGGUGGCCCAGAAGUCCUAUGGCAAUGAGAAGCGCUUCUUCUGCCCGCCGCCCUGCAUCUAUCUGUUUGGCAGCGGCUGGCGACGGCGCUACGAGGAGAUGCUGCAGCAGGGCGAGGGUGAACAGGGGGCUCAGCUGUGCGCCUUCAUUGGCAUUGGGAGCAGUGACCAGGACAUGCAGCAGCUGGAUCUCAACGGAAAGCAGUACUGUGCUGCCAAGACCCUCUUCAUUUCGGACUCGGACAAACGCAAACACUUUAUGCUGUCGGUGAAGAUGUUUUACGGGAAUGGCCACGACAUCGGCGUGUUCAAUUCGAAACGGAUCAAGGUGAUAUCAAAGCCAUCCAAGAAAAAGCAGUCACUAAAAAACGCCGACCUGUGCAUAGCCAGCGGCACAAAUGUGGCCCUCUUCAAUCGCCUGCGCUCGCAAACCGUCUCCACUCGGUAUCUGCAUGUGGAGAAUGGACACUUUCAUGCCUCGUCCACCCAGUGGGGGGCAUUUACGAUACAUCUGCUCGACGACAACGAGUCCGAGUCGGAGGAGUUUCAGGUGCGCGAUGGCUACAUCCAUUACGGUGCCACAGUCAAGCUGGUAUGCUCAGUCACAGGCAUGGCCCUGCCGCGCCUCAUUAUACGCAAGGUGGACAAGCAAAUGGCGCUGCUGGAGGCCGAUGAUCCUGUCUCCCAGCUGCACAAAUGUGCGUUCUACAUGAAGGACACGGAUCGCAUGUAUUUGUGCUUGUCGCAAGAGAAGAUUAUCCAAUUUCAGGCCACGCCUUGUCCCAAGGAGCCAAACAAGGAGAUGAUCAAUGAUGGUGCCUGUUGGACAAUUAUUUCCACGGACAAAGCCGAGUACCAGUUCUACGAGGGCAUGGGUCCUGUGGCUUCUCCAGUCACACCUGUGCCCAUUGUAAAUUCCCUUAAUCUUAAUGGUGGCGGCGAUGUGGCCAUGCUGGAGCUGAGCGGCGACAACUUUACGCCCCAUCUGCAGGUGUGGUUCGGUGAUGUGGAGGCCGAGACCAUGUAUCGCUGUACGGAGACGCUGCUCUGUGUGGUGCCGGAAAUAUCACUUUUUCGCGGCGAAUGGCUUUGGGUACGACAGCCCACACAGGUGCCCAUUUCGCUGGUGCGCAACGAUGGCAUUAUCUAUGCCACGGGCCUGACAUUCACGUAUACCCCAGAGCCGGGGCCGCGGCCGCAUUGCAAUACCCAGGCUGAGGAUGUGAUGCGGACAAGGCACAACAACAAUAACAACAUCUCGAACAUCAGCAACAACAAUAACUCGGGCUCACCGGCAGGUGGCAGCUUGCAACAGCAGGAGCAACAACAGCCACAGCAGCAUCAGGCGCUGCCCUCCAUCUCAGAAGUGCAAUGGAAUAGUCAUGGUAGCGGCUUGUCCUGAGUGCAGGACAAUUGCAUCUUACAUUUAUGUCUGCUAAGUUUUUUAUAGUUUCCAUUAGACGCCUUAGUUUGUAGAUUGACUAUUUUUCUAAUUCUAAUUUCUCCCCUCUCAUGACGCGUCUCGAACAAACAAACAGAAAUUCCUCCUCUCUAGUGACACCUACUAUUUAAAAUCAUCCUACAAUUAGUGCUAGUACGCAACCAAUAGAUGUGUAGAUGGAAUACAUAAAGAAAAAUUUGUAUAUAUGUAACUCGAAAGAGCUCACACACUGACACCACGACACACGCAUAUGAUAUACAUAUAUGUAUAUAUAUUUGUAUAGAAUAUAUAUACAGUUGUAAUUCUAGUUAAAUAUACAUUUUUGUAUAAGUAUAUAGCAGAUUUUUUUGGCAGCGGUUGCAAAUAUUUUUUAACACUUUUAUUCUUGUGAAUUUGCAAAGAAAUGGAAAAGAAAUCACCCACAAACAGAAUAUAUAAAAUUCCUUUAAAAAUCAUGAACACAAAAAAACAUUUCAUUAAUAAAAUCCCAUAUACAAAUACAAAAUACAUUCCUGUAGGGAUAUUGUCUGUAUAUAUACAAUUUGGUGACAUUUCUGGAUUUCUUUGGCCCAUAUCUUUGGAACCUCUCAACGAUCAAAGAUCCGCGAUAUUAUUUUUUGUACCAUAUAAAAAUAUAGAUAAAAACGAUUUGUUUUUAAGUCCAGACAACAAUAAUAAAA